AUGGCCGCUCCACUUUUUGAAAACUCGACUUUAGCCAGCGAACGAUUGCCGCAUACUUCGGGUCUAAGGUCUCGUAAGACUUCUCUUUCGUUACCUGGACUAUAUUCCCCGACCUCUGUGACAGCAUCUGUGCCCAUGCUCACUACUCACAGAUGUGUCAUGGCGUUGUCAACUUUGUUGCGAUCGAACGUCGAAUGCGAGCUUCCUCCUACUACUUGUUGGAUGAAAGUCGUAACACGCGGAAUAGACAACUACGAUCGUGUUCUAGAUGUCAAGCCGACGGGUGCGACGCGUAAUUCGGUGUUCAACAUUUUGACUGUUUGCCAUUCAAGGAAAAAAUAUCUCUGUGUUAUAGUAACUGCCAUAUUUUUGGUACUUUUUGUCUCAAUUUUCUACCGUUAUCGCAAUGGCGCUUACAUCUAUAACCUGUCAUUUAACUCAAAACCCCCUAAAUUUAAGAAAUUGCUCGAACAAGAAUUGAGCAGCAGUCAAAGUUUUACCAAUAAACCAACGACGCUGUGGGACGAAUUUGGCUGUCAAAGCAAGACACCUCUUCUUCUUUGCCAUAGAACACCAGAAUUGUCUCCAACGAUUGUGCUUGCUGACAAGGCUGUCUUUCAAACCACCAGUCUUCUCAUGAAACGAUCGAGAUCGUGCGCUCUAGUCGGGUUAUCAGGAAGGUUAUUGAGUCGUAGUUACGGUGAUGAUAUUGACGGACAUGAAUUUGUCAUACGGUUAAAUAACGCUCCGAUUCAUCCAUACGAGAAAUAUGUCGGGAGACGCAUGCCUGACGUGGCAAUACUUAAUGUAGCGACCCUACGUGAGUUUACAUGUCUACGAAACGUAAAUCGUAAAACGCUAUUGGUUCGAUGUAAACAUCAUGGUAAGAUUACUUCUGCUGGUCGAUUAUGCGCAAGACAUGGUCCUCUCUAUGCAACAUCGAUGGAACUUAUGAACACUACGCGAUCUAUUUUGACAACGUACAGACAAUUGUAUGGUGUUAAGAGUAAAAGAAUGCCAACGUCGGGAUUGUAUGCCAUUCUGUUCGCUUUGAGAUUGUGCGAAGAGGUUGAUGUUUACGGAUUUGGUGCGGCAGAGGGAGAGUUGUAUGCAUACUACAGAGAUCUUCACACUAUUAGUACACAUCAUCUUUUCAACUUGGAGGAACAAUUCAUAAGAGAUAUAUCACACAAUUUGACAACACCUGUUGACGUGUCUUUAUAUGGCUGUAAGAAAGUGUCUUUCUAUCCUUGAUACAUAGUUCAAUACUAUCAUAAAAUUUACAUUAUUACAGGACUCGAUUGAACGGUUUACAUAUGAACAGCUUCAAUCAUAAUUACUUUACCGUAUUAUCGUUAGUUUGCUUUGUGUGUUUCUUUUGAUUAGU